UUUUCGAGUUCCUUAUUUCGAGAUUUAUCGAGUUCAGUGCAACACUGUUUUUUUAAAGAAAGGACAACAAAUAAGACAAUAACCGCAAAUUAAGAAAUAUAUUGAGUUUUAAUUUUUGCAAAUUGUUUGUAUCAGAGGCUUUUAGAAAUAAAUUUUUUUUAUUAAUUUUGGAAACAAAAUAUGGAUACAGUUCCUAAAGGACUCCGAAGCUUAAGAGCAUGUUUAGGAUGUUCAUUAAUUAAGACAGUAGAUCAAUUUGAACUUGAUGGCUGUGAAAACUGCAACUUAUUUCUUAGAAUUAAAAAUGACAGAGAUGCAGUUAUGAGAUGCACAAGUGGAAACUUUGAUGGCAUGGUCGCAGUAAUGUGCCCAGAAGACAGUUGGGUUUCGAAGUGGCAAAGAAUUAGUAAAUUUACAAAAGGUGUUUAUGCUCUUUCUGUUUCCGGGACAUUGCCUAGAGAAGCAAUAAAAGAUAUGCGAAGUCAAGGAAUAACAUAUAGAAAUCGAGAUACAAGUCAACGAUGAUUUUAAAAAAUGUUUAAACUAAUGAUAAAAUAAUGCAUUCCAUGAUAAUGAAUGUUUCUGACUAUUCUGAAGAAGUAUUUAUUAAAUUAUUGAUAUCUUCAUUUGCAGAAAAAUUUCAUAUAAAAUAUUGUUUCAUAUUGUCAAACACCUCUGUGUCUACAUACAUUUUAAAUCUGUAAUCUAAAAACAUAUAUAUUCAUAAAUGUAGUUAAUAAACAUUUUAUACAUGCAUUGAAUUAAA